UAAAUAUGAGAAAGAAACACUAGAAAAUCAGAACUUAUAUCUUGUCGGUGCCUCCAAGAUUACAUUGUUACUGGGUGCGGAAGCAAUGGGUCUGGUAAAAGAGUGUAAUGAUAACACUAUGAGAGCCUUCACGUAUGGAACCCGAUAUAACUUCAAAGAUUUCGAUGAUGACAAUGAUGACUUCCUCACAAUGGCAGAAUGUCAAUUCAUUAUCAAACAUGAACUCGAAAAUCUUAGAGCCAGAGAUGAAAAGAUGAUCCCUGGUUACCCCCAGGCAAAGCUGUAUCCAGGAAAGUCGCUAUUGAGAAGAUUGCUCACCUCUGGCCUCGUGAUUCAGGUGUUCCCGCUGCAUGAUAACGAAGCCUUGAAGAAACUGGAGGACACCUGGUACACUCGCUUUGCUCUCAAGUGUCAGCCCAUAGACCAUAUUCGUGGCUACUUCGGGGAAACAAUUGCUCUUUACUUUGGAUUUUUGGAAUAUUUCACUGUUGCCUUAAUCCCCAUGGCGGUCAUUGGGUUACCUUACUACUUAUUUGUGUGGGAAGACUAUGACAAGUACGUGAUCUUCGCCUCCUUCAACCUCAUCUGGUCCACAGUGAUCCUGGAAGUGUGGAAGCGUGGCUGUGCCAAUAUGACCUACAGGUGGGGGACACUUGUCAUGAAGAGACAGUUUGAGGAGCCCCGGCCAGGAUUCCAUGGGGUCCUGGGUAUCAAUCCCGUCACCGGCAGGAAGGAACCUCUGUACCCCAGCUACAAGAGGCAGUUGCGCAUUUACCUGGUCUCUCUGCCGUUUGUGUGCCUCUGCCUCUAUUUCUCCCUGUAUGUCAUGAUGAUUUACUUUGACAUGGAGGCCUGGGCCUUGAGUCUGCACGACAAUAGUGGAUCCGAGUGGACCAGUGUCCUGUUGUAUGUGCCCAGCGUCAUCUAUGCCGUUGUGAUUGAGAUCAUGAACCGCCUCUAUCGAUACGCUGCUGAGUUUCUAACUUCGUGGGAGAAUCACAGAUUGGAAUCUGCCUACCAGAAUCAUCUAAUUCUGAAAGUUUUAGUGUUCAACUUUCUGAAUUGCUUUGCCUCCCUCUUCUACAUCGCCUUUGUCUUGAGGGAUAUGAAGCUGUUGCGUCAGAGUCUGGCCACCCUCCUGAUUACCUCCCAGAUCCUUAACCAAAUUAUGGAGUCUCUCCUUCCUUACUGGCUCCAAAGGAAGCACCACGUGCAGGUGAAGAGGAAGGUGCAGGCUUUAAAAGCGGACAUCGAUGCUACAUUGUGCGAACAGGUUGUCCUGGAGAAAGAAAUGGGAACCUAUUUGGGUACCUUUGAUGAUUACUUGGAGUUAUUUCUUCAGUUCGGUUAUGUGAGCCUUUUCUCCUGCGUCUACCCAUUAGCAGCUGCCUUUGCUGUGUUAAAUAACUUCACUGAAGUUAAUUCGGAUGCCUUAAAAAUGUGCAGGGUCUUGAAACGUCCAUUCUCAGAACCUUCAGCCAAUAUUGGUGUCUGGCAGUUGGCUUUUGAAACAAUGAGUGUUAUAUCUGUGGUCACUAACUGUGCUCUAAUUGGAAUGUCACCACAAGUGAAUGCCCUCUUUCCAGAGUCAAAAUUGGACCUCGUUUUGAUCGUGGUAGCCGUGGAGCUUUUCCUCAUGGAGUCCUACAGUUACAAGAACGUUGAAGAAGUGAGAAGACUAACACUGAAUUACCUUUUCCUUGGACAUAGGAAAAAGAGGAAAGUUCAGCCAGCAAAGUUUUUCACAGCAAUGCUGUUUGCAAAAAAAUAUAUUCUGUGGUCUUGCAAACUCAUCUGUUGGCCAAGGCAUAUGAUACCGGCUUAAAACCAUGAUGAUCCCCACUGAUUUCUGUCCUGUUUCCAUGAGUGCUGAAAAGAUAAUCAUUGUUCUCCUUUGUGCUGGAGAAGCUACAUGAAGCUUCCGAGGAUGAAUGAGCACUUUUUGUAGGAAAAAAAACAACCCAGUGGUGGCUGAGUGAAAACCAAAUGUGUGCAUCGGAUUCUGCGCAUCGAAGAUCCUCUGGGAUGGCCAGGAAGUUGGACAUCUCGUUGGGAACGGAGGGUCCUCACCUCAGUGGCAGGAUCAUGGGAGUUAAUUUGUUUAUCCAUCUAACUAAGUUGGAGUCCCUCGAGGGCAUCUGUUUUGUGAAUUUGGUGUAUGUAUUGCCAGUUGAAGAGGUCGUCACACUCCAGCUUUGAGCUUGUCAUCUAAUUAUAACGUGCUCUCUGGAUAUGAUUAUAGAGACUGAUGGAAAAGCAAAAGAGAAGCAGAAGACAAGAGGCACCGUAAACAGGCACAGUGCCAUUUAUUUUGAAGAACCUGUAUUCUGCAGUGUUUUGAGGGAUCUUGCCUAGGUAUAUGAUGGAAUCUUGAGCUUCCCCUCAGCCCACAUCAUACAUCUGCUUUCAAAUGUGUUGAGUACUUAUGCCUUUAUUUUCAGUUCUAUGCCUAAGCGAAACGUUGCAUUUUUGAAAAACUUUCACAGAAAGACUAUAAACCAGUACUGGUUGAAGCUUGGUCUGCAGACUGCUGUGAAGUCCACAAAGUGUUUGAUACUGGUCAACGGUGAAAUUAGUACAGAGGCAGGGUAGAAGCCUUUAGGAAUGUCUCAGGAAGUUUGACAUUGCUGUGACGUUUAAGCAUGUGGUCAGCGGUCUCAUGUUGUUGAACGAGAUAGAGGCCAAGCAGAGUAGAAUGCAGCUUGCAUGGUGAGCUGUGUGUUGGGCAAGCUCAUUUCGCUACAUGCGGUGUGUAUGCGUCUGCCCUGACUGUGUAACAAAAUACCACGGACCGGGUAGCUGUUUAAACAACAGAAAUUAGAUCUCACAAUUCUGGAGGCUGGAAGCUCAAGAUCCAGGGUGUCAGCAGGGUAGAUUCCAUUCUGAGGCCCCAUCCCUUGGCUUUUAGGUGGCUGCCAUCUUGCGAUGUGCUCACGUGACCUCUUCUUUGUGUGUGCGUUCAAAGGAAGGGAGAGAGAGAGAGAGAGAGACCUCUUUGGGGUCUCCUCCUAUAAGGAGACUAGACUCGUUACAUCAGGGCACCACCCUUAUGGCCUCAUUUAAUCCUACUUAUGCCUUUGUCAGCCCUGUCUUGAAGUUAUAGUCACAGUGGGGGUUAGGGCUCCAACAUAGGAAUUUGGGCAACACACAAUACGGUUCAAACCCCAGUAGGGCCAUACGUAGGUCCAUAAUGGACAAGGAAUUUAAAACUUUGGUCCUUCACCACAGAUGGUUUGAGAAGCUCUGCUGUAGACAUAAAUGGGGCUAAUUAACUCAUUUACAAGUAAAUGUUCCUAAUACCAAAACAGGAAACAGUUUGCUCUAGAUUAAAAGUGUUUGAAUAUUUUCGAAGUUUACGUAUCUCGAUUUCCUAUAAAGUUGUUUGUGUGAAAUGGGGACCCUUUGGAAGAGAUCAGAUUAAAAUCGGGAAAAGACGUAUUGAGUCAUUAAUUCCUAAAGAGGCCUGGGCUUAAGCUUGAUGUGAUUACCGUGCAGUAGAGGGGCUGUCUGGUCCGUGCAGUGGACUCAUACAUCCGCGCCUCCGUCUGCCGGCUCUGGCCUUCUGGCUGCCUGAGGACACCGCCCCGUGGACGUUCAGCGGGCACCACCGUGGCGGCACUCAGAAGAGAGCACAGUGGCCUCCCGGGACUCCACUCUCGUGCUGCCUUCUUUCUCUGAAUUCCUGUUGCAGCAAAUGGUUUCACUGUCUCCCUGGCAGCUCCCUUUGAAACCACGGGCCAUUUUUGCUUUCCUCUUUUCCUUUAGAGCUUCCUUUUGUCUCCCACCUGCUGAUCCUGCCUCUAGAAUGCCUCCUCCUUCAACUUCCUUUCGGAGGUGCCAUCCACCUUCAGGGCCACUGUUGUCAUGCCUCAUUGGAGUAUUUCAGCGAGUGCCUGACUGCUCUCCUUGACUCCAGUUUCUUCCUCUGCCGUCUGUUGUUUGUGACGCACGGUUCUGACCAUCUCAUUUGUGAUCGGAAAAACCUUUGGUUGUUCCCCUUUUCAUAACAUAAAGACCAGCAUCCUUAGCAAGGGACUUAAGAUCCUCUGUGAUCUGUCUCGUAGCUGUCUUUUCUCCCCUCCCCCUCCCACCACCCCUCCUUUCACGGACACCUCAGUGUCUGUGUCUUCCUGCUUUGGUGUCUGCCUGGAGUUUCCUUAGUCUUCGAAUUUUCUCCCAUCCAGUUGCUGCUGUCAGAGGACCCCUUGUCCUCCAAGGACCAGUUUAGACGUCACCUUUCCCUGGUCUCCCCGUUUAGGAUUAAUGAUUAAUUAAUGUGCUUCCAUAAUGUGUUCUGGUAUCAUAAUAGUGUUUCCCACAUAGUCUCUCUUCUUUGACCU